AUGCAGAGAUUACAGCUGCCCGCCCUCCUCUUCGUACUUAUUCAUAGCAUAUCCCUUUCUUCUGUACUUCCAACAAUGGUACCCCCUACUACUACUCGUCGCAAGGGCCCAAAGGAUCUCCCUAAGCUCCCUCUCUCCGUAUUCACGCCUCCCAACACUGGCACCCAGGAGUCCUUCCAACUCCCUCCCAGCCCUAGCGCCCUCCAUCCCGCCCAGGUCAUUGACGCCAAUGUCGUCUCAAAGGACAUAUACUACGCCCAGUGGAAGAAGGACUCCAGCCCAGCACUCACCGAGAAAGUCAACGGGGUUGUCCUCGCCUUGCCUGCCGAACAGCUCCAAAACGCCAUAAACGACCUCAAGUCCAGCUCGGAACCUUCCCAGAUCCUCUCUUUCAUCAUUCCGUUCAACCUCGAAAACCCCGAUCCCUCCGUCGAGGCCCUUCUUGCAUCCUCCACCGUACCCACCUCCUUAUCUGCAAUCUUCACCAAGAACUCUCCCGAGGCCGUUCAAGGUCUUCGCUGGGCUCUUCAACGCGGUCAUGCCGUCGAUAUUGAUAUCCAAGCAACUCUCUCCGAUUCGCUCCUUGAAGGCUUCGAGGACAUGAUCGCCAAAGCCACCUCUGAUCUCGAGGUAGUUCCGAGCGUCGUUCUUUCCAACAUAUUGCCUCCUCCGCAUGAUCUCGACUUGCCCAUCGUCAAGCUGAUGAAUCAUCCCACAUAUCUCGCCUUCCAGUCGCAGGUCGCCGCCCUUUCUCUCAUUCCUCAGGUCCAUGUCAAGUUCCUCCCACCAGCCUGGGACGCUCCUACUCCGCAAACACCCUUCCCCGGAAGCCCGAUUGAGGCUGUUGACACCCAGCAACUAAAGGAGUGGAAACGGCGCAUCAAGAUGUACCUUGCGCCUGUCAUGGAGGCUUUCGGCUACGAGCGCAUAAUCUUUGGAUCCUCUCCUUCCUCCUCUUCCAGGAGUCUAUCCAAGGUCGGCGACUGGUACGAAAUUGCUAGAGAAUCCCUGGCCGAGGUCGGAGUCGAGCAAAACUAUGUUGAUGCUGUGUUUUAUGGCAAUGCUGCUCGGUUGUAUGGCAAGAAGGUCGAAAAGUCAUAA